CAGCGCCCAGCAUCCGCAGGGUCCCAGCGCCGCAAUCUGCUCGCCCAGCUCCGCCCAGGUUGAGACCAGAGUUCCCAGAACUUUCUAGUACCCAGCCCUGCCUCAGGAGCCCAGGCUACCCUGUCCCCUUAGCGUGGCUGCAAGCGUGGGGCCAUGAGCUGUCUUCUAAGUACUGUGGUCCCAAUGGGGCUGGCUCUGCUGGUGUGUGGAGCACAGGCCUUUUUCCUUCCCAACACCACGAGUCUGGAGAAGCUGCUGAGCAAGUACCAGCAGGCCGAGCCACACUCCCGGGCGCGCAGGGCCAUCCCCUGGUCCGACCGCCAGGAGAUCCUCAUGCUGCACAACAAGCUGCGAGGUCAGGUAUAUCCCUCUGCCUCCAACAUGGAGUAUAUGACUUGGGAUGAGGAGCUGGAGAGGUCCGCGGCCGCAUGGGCACAGGAGUGCCUGUGGGAGCACGGGCCCGCCAGCCUCUUGGUGUCCAUCGGGCAGAACCUGGCCGUGCACUGGGGCAGGUACCGCUCUCCUGGGUUCCACGUGCAGUCCUGGUAUGACGAGGUGAAGGACUAUACCUAUCCCUACCCCCACGAGUGCAACCCAUGGUGCCCAGAGCGCUGCUCAGGUGCCAUGUGCACCCACUACACACAGAUGGUCUGGGCCACCACCAACAAGGUUGGUUGUGCUGUACACACCUGUCGGAGGAUAAACGUCUGGGGAGACAUCUGGGAGAAUGCUGUGUAUCUUGUCUGCAAUUAUUCCCCCAAGGGAAACUGGAUUGGUGAGGCCCCCUACAAGCAUGGUCGUCCCUGCUCCGAGUGCCCACCCACCUAUGGAGGCGGCUGCCGGAACAACCUAUGCUACCAAGAAGAGUCUAACAGUCAGAAACCGGAGGUGGAUGAGAUGAACGAGGUGGAAUCUCCCCCUGCUCCCGAGGAAAAACAUGUCUGGGUUCAGCCCAGGGUGGUCAGACCCUCGAAGCCCAAGAAGACCCCAGCUGUCAGCUUCAUGACCCAAGUGGUCCGCUGUGACACCAAGAUGAAGGACACAUGCAAGGGAUCCACUUGUAACAGGUACCAGUGCCCUGCAGGCUGUCUGAACAACAAGGCGAAGAUUUUUGGAUCUCUGUUUUAUGAGAGUUCCUCCAGCAUAUGCCGGGCUGCUGUCCAUUAUGGCGUCAUUGAUGAUCGAGGUGGCCUGGUGGAUGUUACCAGGAACGGGAUGGUCCCCUUCUUUGUUAAAUCUCAAAAAAAUGGUGUGGAGUCCCUGAGCAAAUACAAGCCUUCUAGCUCCUUCACAGUGUCCAAAGUAAAAGAGCAGAGUGUGGACUGCCACGCCACAGUCGCGCAGCUCUGUCCCUUUGAGAAGCCGGCCACUCACUGCCCGAGAGUCCGGUGUCCUGCGCGCUGUGGAGAAGAGCCAUCCUAUUGGGCCCCUGUGUUCGGAACCAACAUCUACGCUGACACGUCCAGCAUUUGCAAGGCAGCUGUGCACGCAGGUGUCUUCAGCGACGAGAACGGCGGCUACGCAGAUGUGAUGCCCGUGGACAAAAAGAAGAGCUACGUGGGCUCGCUCAGGAAUGGGGUGCAGUCAGAGAGCCUGAGUGCUCCUCAGAGUGGAAACGCCUUCCGGAUCUUCGCUGUCAGGCAGUGAAGAAUGUGGAGACCCGGGGAGAAGGGGCCAUCAUCUACCGGGUUUGGGGUCCUGCUUUCUAUCUGUACUUUGUCCUUUGGGGGUGGGGGUGGGGUUACAGAGAGUCAGGAAUCUUUCUUUCUGUGUCAUCGAAUGCCCUGUCCCUUUGUGGCCUCUGGCGAGGGUAACAUAGCAUCGUCAGUUUGUGAGCAGAAUGCCAUGGAGUCUCGGGUGGACAACCAAUGCCCAGACUGGCCAGGCUGCAGUCCCCAUCUGGUCGCUCAUGUCCUUUCACUGAGGCACUCCUCAUCGUGUUUGCUUUGGUGGAGGGGGAGGGGGCGUUCGAACCCUUGAAGAUACAGGUUUGAGAUGUGUCAUGAGUGGGACUCUUGUCUGGGUAGAGACGACAGCCCUAAAGUCACAGUAUAUCCUACCAACAGAGAAAUAGGUUCUAUGUUUGCUGGUCAGACAGAUGGGCUGCAAGAGAGGCCCGGGGCAAGACUUGGAUUCUGCCCUGGUGGUGUCCUUUGCUUGUGUCCCCAACCCUCUUGGCAGUCACGUGCUUAUGUAUCCAGCAGAGCUGGUCUAUUUAAAGUUGGAGCACUCCAGAGAUUUAUCUUGUCUUUGUCCUUGUCCGUGUGGCCUGUUUUCAGAUGACCUUUGGUCUCAUGGAGGACCGAUGCAUCAGGAGCCUUCCCUGUCUUCCCCAUUCUAUGACCCUGUGGCUUCUGCCCCACCCCAGGCUGGUCUAGGUGUCCUCCCCUGGGACUUGGCUUUGCACAAGGCUCCAGGUCUCAAUGUCUGCUCUCUCCUUAGAACAAGAGCUGCUGUGUGAGUGACAACUCAAUGUCACCUUCCCCUUAGUUUGGGUGACCUAGUUUUUUAGCUGUGGGAGGAAUGGAUUCCUGGAACAUUCCUCACGGAGGUUAAUGGAGUGGCUUGUGGUUGUAAAACCGCCCAUGACACGCCAGCCACCAGGGAGAGGGGCCGGGACACACAGGAAGGACUCCUGUUCCUAUUGGUGGAGCUCAGCUCCUGCCAGCAUCCCCACAGCUCCAAGAGUGUGGUGAGCCCUGGCUUCCAUCACUUAGGAGCCUGGCCCAAACCCACUGUAAAAUGAAACAUGCUUUUGUAAACAGCUUACUCUAGCGAAGGUGAAAUCCCACCCCAGCCCUGGGGAUGUUGCAGAUUGCCCGUGAGCGCCGUGAGUGCUGGCUUCAAAUGGAGUUUCGUGGUCCAGUCAACUAUUUCCUAGGCAAAGAGAAACAAAAAAAAAAAAGCAGAAAAUAAAACAAAAUGCUGCCCCCAAGAUACUAACUUAACAGUUGGCUUGGUGGCUGAUGACUCUUAUGGCUUCCAGAAGACCUGAGUUCAGUUCCCGCCUCUCGCAAGCUGUUCACACCCACCUGUAACUCCAGGGGAUCUGUGAUCCCCACAGGUACCACACACAUACAUCUGAAGAAAAGUAAAAUAGUUCUUUAAAAAACCCUAAGGGAGUCUGAGCAAAGCUCCUCCCACAGGGAGCCACGUGGACCUAGUUGGGUUAAAUAGUUGUUUAUAUGUUUGAGACAAGAGUUUUACUCUGUAGUCCAGGCUGGCCUCCUGUGUGUUGAUAUAGCUUUCUCCAAGUCCAUCCCUUCCAGGGAGUUUAUAAAAAGGACACAACCUUGAGCCAGCCUCAGCUAGCCUUCCCUGGGCCUUUUCCACCUCACCUGCGUGAGUGUGGCAUCUCUGCAGGCAUCCACUCUUCCAGCCCAGAUGUCAGAGCACACAUCUGCUCAGCUUCUGGAGGGGGCUUCUGGUGGCUACCAACCAUCUGGGAAACUCCCAGCCGCAAGGAGUAACGUGGGACUCUGACUUCACCCAGCCUGCAGGGCAAGGUUGAGAUGGUAAGGAAAAUUGCUCCGCUCCUGGGUUUCUAGAAGAAGCAAUCAAUCCCAUCUCCAGGGGAAUCUUGCUUCGAGGGUCUGCAUUAGGGUCCUGUGUGCUCCCCGACAGGCUCUUCCACCAGGCAGAAGGGCCUCAUUGAUCCUCACCAAUAGUUCGAAACUGGAAGUCCCUUUCUUCAGAAAAAAAAAAGAAAGAAAGAAAGGUGGAAACGAAACCAUGGAUGAUCUUAACAUCAGAGCACUUCUGCCCCCGUGUGCCUAUCAGUUCUCCCAAGUUUAAAGUGACCACGCCCAUGGCAGCUGCAUCCCCGCUCUGUUCUGUGAUAGCUUCCAUUUGCUUCCAAGUUGUGCCUGGUCUGUUCCGAGGGGUGUGUUGACUCUCCGUGAUCUGUAGGCUCUCUUGGCCCACAGUUUACUGUGUGCUUUUUUUCUAUGAAAAAUGAUAUAUUUUACAACUUCCUAUGUACAAAAGUUUAUUCUAAGUUUUUGUGCUUUGCAUGAAUAGGGCCACACUGGUUGUUGCUAUGGUUUCAAUAAAACUGAUUUGAUUUCUAACAC